UACUCGAUGCCAGGGAGAAGUGAACCCAGGGAAUGGGGCUCCCAGCUCUCACUGGGGGCGGCGCAAGGGUCGCCGCCCCUUAGACAAAGUCCCAGUCUUCCAGAGGCUUUUACCAGCUGGCCCCACUUCUGCUGGUGCAGGGUGUGAUAAGCCAUCUCAGCCAGGGACAGGCUGAGCUAGAGGACGUUAGCUUUACGGGUGACAAGGGGUCAGAGGGACUAGAGUGGCAGGAAACCAGGAUGUUCGCAGAAUCCCUGAGUCAGGAUUAGGAGGACAAAAACCUGUACCAGAGAAGACCUCCACCUGGCUGAAGGACUGAGGGCCAGCCUCAGACAGAGAUCGGGGUCCCCUCUUCGCUGAAGUGCCUGUGAAAACAGCCCAGAGGAGUCCUCCUUGGUCCCCUGGGCUCUGUCUCCCUCCCUGCCCCACCCAGAUAAUCGUGCUGCCCCUCAGCUCCCAGGAGGCAGCUCUGAUUCUCCAUCCCCACACAUCGCUCCUCAAUGGCUAACUGCGAAGAAGUGAGAAGCCAAGCUUAGUCCCACGCUCCUGCCUGAGCACUCAGACAGCCUGGUGCUAGAGGGCUGGGUGUCUCCUUGGCCUGCCACCAACACCAGGCUGGAGCCGCACUGUGCACAGAAGUGGCCUUGAUUUCUCAGGCGCAGCUGGCCUCAGAGAUACUGGUUCUGACUCUGCUAGGACUCUGCUAGGUCUCUGAACCCUGGUCUUGUCACCCCCGUCCCUUCUGGAUUCAAGGCAAUGUUGCCUCGAAACAAGGACCAGGUGCUGCUACAGAAAGCAGUGCCCCCUGGCCACCCCCCUCAGGGCCUCUCACAACUUGUGGACUCCUCUUCCCCCAACCUACAGCCUCUCUUUCCCCAGCAACUGCCUCCUCCCUCCCGCACACCUUUCUCCUCUUCCCCUCGACCCCAUCUCCGCUUCUCCCCUCCUCCACCGUCCUGCUCUCCGGGCUUCCAAUUCUACUCAUCUGACUCGAAUUCUGACUUUGCUACACAUCCCUAUUUUUCCUCUCACCCAAGUUCCCACACUUUCUAUCACCAGAACUUCCUCUCUUACUCCCUUCAACGUUCCUCCUCUCCCUCAAAACACCCCCAGCAACCCCACCACCAGCGUCACCCCUCUCCUCCUCUCACCGUCUCCUCUUCUCCUUCCCUCCCUCAGAACUCCCCCCUCCCCUACUCACCUUGCCAGUCCCCCUCCCACUCCAAAGACCUACCUAGCUCCACAUUCACUUCUCCAAGCCCCAGCCUACCUCCUCACGGAGUCCACUCUAACAGCCAGACAUGGCACUGGCAUCAGUACAGGGACACCGGGUCCCCUGGGGAGUUGGAAGGGUGCGUGGCAAGCGAGACGGACCCUGCAGAGUUCAGGGACCCGGGGGCCCUCGCCCAGGCCCUGGUGGCCCAUGUGGGGCACCGCCGAAUUGCACACGACCUGCGGCUACUGCUUUUGCAGCGCCUGUGGCUAGGCACAACCGGCCAGGCCCCGGUCGUGGAGUAUCCUAUAUGCCUGGUGUGCCUCCGGCCCCGCGGCCCCUCUUGCCCCAUGCCCAGGUACAAGACUGGACCCCGGCUGCUUGCCUUCCCCCAACUACUGCCCUGUGGGCAGGGCCAGGAAUCCCGGCCACUCCGCAUAGGCAUUGGCUUCGGCCUCCGCCUGCCUCGGGGCCAGGCCAGGGCCUUGCAUCUGUUGCCAGAAAGAAGGCCAGAGGAAGCAGGGCCUCAGGGCGAGGCUGCUCGGGCCCAUGGGUAUCAAUUGAGGACAUCACGGGCUCCAGCAGCUCAAGACCCAGUGGCUCGGGCCCAGGCAGAUCCAACACCAGACACACCCUCCCAGACCGGGAGCGUCCGGUCUGCAGGUCCUCAAUCACCAAACUCCACCAGAUGUUCCAGGCCUCCACCUCAGGCACCAAAACAGGCCACUGCCUCUCAGAAGCGCAGACCUUCCCCUGCCCCAAAGAGGCCUGCCUCUCCAGAGCUCAUUCUCCGAAAGUCGCCAUCCUAGUUCCAGAGCCACGGAGGCUCCCUGGAGCACCUCCUCCAAACCCCACUCUCGCCAUCAAGCCCCAGAUCUCUGGGAGCCCCCGAGACACCCUGAAGGGCUGGCUGGCCGGAGGUCAGGUGUGCUCUCCUGCCCUGAACCCUGGGAACCCCUUGUGGAGUCUUCUCUCUCCUGGCUGAAGAGCCUUCAAUGUAUCCAAUAAAGCCUGACCCCGUGAAA